AUGAGGAUGCCAUCACGGGUAAAGCGUUCAAAGCCCAAGGCAAAUCAUCAUGAUAAGAGGAAGAUGAGCCUGGAGGAGACGUAUAAACUAGGAGUAGGAUUGGAGACUUUGCCGCAGCAGAAGCUGGAGCAGGUUGUGCAAAUAGCAAAGAAGAGGAAUUGCCAUUUGAGGCAAGAUGGAGAUGUGAUUGUGCUCGACCUUGACACUCUUGAUACAGAGACUCUGUGGGAGCUCGAUCGAUUUCUUCACAUUUUCAAGAAAUUGGCGAGAAAGACGAUCAGGCGUCGUCAAGCAGCAGUAAUGGGUGGCAACAGUACUGCUUCAAUUGGUUGCGUAAGUGAAGGCAACAAGUUAUGUUCACAGUUCAGGACAAUGUUAAAAGUUGAUAGUACUAAUUCCAACAAUUUAUUGAUAUAG